AGAGCACGAAAUGGAUGAUGGGGAGACAGAGAAAUACUGUUUAGUGGAGAUAGAGAAAAUUCUCCAGCAACGAGGAAGAUCAUUACGUGACUUUGUUGGAAUGCCAUUGCCUCCUGACUCAUACAUGCCUUCGAUGGAAGAUGUUCUCAUUAAUGAGGAAAUGAAAUAUGAUAAAUGUGCUUUGACUGAGGAGCAUGAAAGUUUGAUGGCUGAUAUGAAUGAUGAGCAACAUGCUAUAUAUGAGGAAAUCUUGAAAUCUGUACACAGAAAAAGUGGCGGUGUAUUUUUCGUGUAUGGAUAUGGUGGUACUGGAAAAACAUACUUAUGGCGGACUUUGUCUGCGGCGCUCAGGUCCAAGGGGCAAACAGUACUCAAUGUGGCAUCUAGCGGUAUUGCAUCACUGCUUCUACCAGGAGGAAGGACCGCACACUCCAGAUUCGCCAUUCCACUGGAUGCAACAGAAGAUUCUACAUGCCACAUAAAGCAUGGAAGCCCAUUGGCGAGGCUCAUCGAACGUACAAGGUUGAUCAUUUGGGAUGAAUCGCCAAUGACACAUAGGUUUUGCUUUGAAGCACUUGAUCGUAGCAUGAGAGAUGUCCUUCGCUACUCACAUGAUUGUGAUUCUACCAUUCCCUUUGGUGGGAAGACAGUCGUCUUUGGCGGGGACUUCAAGCAAAUAUUGCCUAUCAUUCCAAAGGGCACAAGACAAGACAUUGUGCAAGUGGCUUUGAAUUCAUCAUUUUUGUGGUCAUACUGCAGGGUCUUGAAGUUGACAAAGAAUAUGAGACUCGGGCGCGUGGGAGGAACAUCUUACACAUUAUAGAUUCAAAACUUUGCCGAGUGGAUAUUGAAGAUUGGAGAUGGAGACCUGGGGGACUGUGAUGAUGGAGAAUCAAUGGUUGACAUCCCUGAAGAAUUUAUUGCUCCUAUGACGGAUGAUCCAAUUGAAGCUAUUGUUAAGAUCACCUAUCCCGAUUUUGAAAUGCACUGUAAUGACGUUUCUUAUUUGAAUUCAAGGGCAAUUCUUGCACCAACAAUUGAUGAGCGCGACAUGAUCAACGAUUACAUGUUGGGAUUGACUCCAGGUGAGGUAAAGACAUACUUAAGCUCAGAUUCAGCAUCAUCUUCUGACUCAGACAGUGCACUCCUUCAAGAGAUCCACUCUCCCGAAUUUCUCAAUACCAUUAAAUGCUCUGGUGUGCCAAGCCAUGAGCUGAAGCUCAAAGUGGGUGCACAUGUGAUGCUAAUGAGGAAUAUUGAUCAUUCCUCCGGAUUGUGUAAUGGCACUCGCCUAAUCGUCACUAAACGUGGAACCCAUAUUCUCGAGGCUCAGAUGAUGUCAGGAACAAAUGCAGGAAAAAGAUUUCUUAUUCCGAAGCUUAGCUUGACUCCAUCCGACCUCAAGCUGCCGUUCACAUUUCAGCGUAGACAGUUUCCCUUUGAUGCUUAAGCAAUGUUUGCGAUUGCUUAAAAAAAGCGCUUUUCAGCUUUUGGCUUUAAAAAAGCUAAAAAGAGUGUUUUCAAAUGACAGCUUCUGCUUAAAUUAAUCACUUAAAAGCUAAAAGCUGGAAGCAGGUGGAAGGGUGCUUUAAACUGCUUUUCACUUUUUCUAUUACACAAAAAGUACUUAUUUUACCAAACAUUACCAACUUUUACUUUUUCAGAAUCACUUUUUUCUCAAACACUACCAACUUUUACUAUUAAUCACUUUUCCCAAAAUCACUUUAAAAAAUCACUUUUUUAAAGUUGAAGCAAUUACAAACACUCCCUUAGUUACGUGAUGACAAUUAAUAAAAGUCAGGGCCAGUCUUUGGAGAGGGUUGGUGUUUUCUUACGUCGCCCGGUAUUUACCCAUGGAUAACUUUACGUCGCGGUCUCAAGAGUGACGUCCCCAUUUGGGUUGAAAUUUGUUAUACGUGAUGAUGAUGGAAAACCGGCCAAGAAGACUAUA